AACAAAAUUAAGUAUUCCUACAACCCUAAACUAAAAAAAACUCAAUCCUUACUUUGCUCUUAUAUCGGAAAACGCAGCCGGAGUUGUAGUCGCAGUGAACUCAAUUCGCCGGGAAACGCAGCCGGAACUGUAACCCAGCCGCCAGAAACAGCGAAAAAAUUGUCCAGUUUCAAUUUUUAUGAAUGGCUGCAACAUUAUUGAGAAAUCGCUCCACAUCGUCGGUAUUCAAUUUGUUCACCAAUGCUCUUCGUCGAUUCUCUUCUGCACAGGUUGGGAACACUAUUCCUGAUGAGGCGCGCGAGAGAAUGAUGUAUUCUGACAUAAACUCGCAGAUUGGAAGUUGUAUGCCUCUCUCUGCGAUGAGAAUUGGAACAAUCAUUCACAACAUUGAGCUGAACCCGGGACAAGGUGGAAAGCUUGUUCGGGCAGCCGGGACCAAUGCAAAGAUUUUGAAAGAGCCGACAUCGGCGUACUGUUUAGUUCAACUUCCGUCUGGUGUUAAAAAGUUGAUUGAUUCUCGAUGCAGGGCUACUGUUGGCACGGUCUCUAAUCCAACUCACGGUGAUAGAAAGCUUAGGAAGGCUGGCCAUAACAGAUGGCUCGGUCGGAGACCGGUUGUUCGGGGUGUGGCUAUGAAUCCGGUUGAUCAUCCUCAUGGUGGAGGAGAGGGAAAGAGCAAGAGUAGUGGUGCGUGGGGGAAAGGAUCACGUACUCCUUGGGGUAAGCCAACUAAGGGGGGCUUCAAGACUGGACCUCUUAAACGCAAAAAGUAGGUAAGUUGUUAUUUACUAGCACUCAGCAUUUCUGUAAUACACAUCUUUUUGAUACUGAUGCUUCUGUAAUAAUUGUGGAAACAUAUAAACAAUUCUACUCUACUAAUGGAAUUGAUUAGGUUUGGCCAAAAUUUGGAUUA